AUGGGGGAGUUCAGGGGUCUACUAAUCCCUUCUUUGUGUUUUCUCUUUGGAGCGGCAGCCGUUCUCUCUGAGCUCGCCUGCAAAGACAGUCACAGUGGCCCCACCUAUGAGUCCCUCCAGAGCGUCUUCGAUAAGAAGCCUUUCCGUCCCGCCACCAACCUGAGCAACCCCACCGUCACCAACAUCUCCUUCACACUGUACGCUGUGCUGGGGGUGAACGAGAAAUCUCAGAUUCUGACGACAUUCCUCUGGCUUCGACUGUACUGGUACCAUGAAUUCCUUCAGUGGGACCCAGAGAAGUGUGGAGGGAUCACCAAGAUCUCCCUCCCCGUGGAGGAGCUGUGGAUGCCGGACAUCAUUGUGUAUGAGUUUAUCGAUGAGGACAAGUCCCAGCGCUGCCCGUACAUCUACGUGAACCACACGGGGCAGAUCCGCUACGACAGGAUGUUACGCGUCCUCAGCUCCUGCAACCUGGAGAUCUUCAACUUCCCCUUCGAUGUGCAGAAAUGCUCCCUCACCUUCGGCUCCUACAUGCACACAAUUCGAGAUGUGCGAGUGAGUCUGGCGCUCCCCAUUGAGCAGAUCUCAGAAAACUCCAAGAAGUACCUGGAGACGAGCGGGGAGUGGGAGCUGGUGAAAAUCCAGGGCGAGACAGACAUCCUGAAGUUUGGGAUUGACGAGUGGGACAUCAUUACCUUCUGGGUGACAAUUAAGCGACGGCCCGUCCUCUACGUGGUGAACCUGAUCAUCCCCAGCUCCUUCCUCAUGCUCGUCGACAUCAUGAGCUUCUACCUGCCCCCUCACAGUGUGGACAGAGCCUCCUUCAAGAUGACCCUGAUCCUGGGCUACACCGUUUUCCUGCUCAUCAUGAACGACCUGCUCCCCAGCACUGCCAACGGGACCCCGCUGAUCGGGAUCUACUUCUCGGUGUGCCUGGCCCUGAUGGUUAUCAGCCUGCUGGAGACGGUGAUCAUCACCUACGUGCUUCACCACAGCGCCAUGAAGUACCGGCCUGUGCCACGCCUGGUCCGGGUCAUGGUCCUAGGGUACCUUGCCCGCCUCAUCUGCUACACCCGGCCGCCCAGCCAGCCAGAGACCCCCUCCAACAACAUCACCACCGGUAAGACAGCACACAACUCAGGGGCCAAAACACAAAGCUCCGAAUUCGCUACACUGUUUGGUUGGUUUCCUGUUGCGAUGGCAGACCCACAGGAGAAGAUGAAGAACGUAGAGGUGUCACAGGCCAGCCCGGAGCUGCAGCAGAUCUGUCGGGACCUGGGCAUGGUGCGUGCCCACAUCGACUCCCUGCGCCUCCAGCAGGACCUCGAGGAGGAGUGGAUCCACGUGGGCUACGUCCUGGACUACCUGCUCUUCAGGGUCUACCUGGUCCUCAUCACACUCUACGCCCUCGUCAUCACCUGCAUGUGGUGCAUCUGGUAUAACCUCUAGAGCUCCAGGGGCCGUUACGACCCGUCCCACCCAUGAGCCAUCAUCCAUCAUUUCAACAACGCUCAUAGAUUCUAAAAAAAUCUGUGAUAACAGGUAGACAACUGUUUCAGCUAGUGCAGUCACUGUCAUCCUCAGAGUAAUGACCAGAGUCUCAGAAGAAAGCAUUUCACAGGCCCUGUCAGAGGCUCACUCACUGCUACACCAAGGGUCCGAUGACUAGAAUACAUGUUGAAAAAAGGCAAACAUUAAAUUGCAAUACUAAUUGUAGGUAAAGCUGAUGAAAAAGUGUUGUGUUUUCUUUUGGGGUGUGUGUGUUGUGACGUCAUUUGUUUUACAUCUGAAUGUAACUUGUAGGGGGUUCUUUCCACAGUGCUGUUUCUAUUACAACCAAAAGGGUUUCUUGUGCGUGUCUUGUUUAAAACAACAGUAUACCGGUUUGUAAAGCAACAGUGUAACCUUUGUCGUACAACUGUUAAUCUGUAAAACAUAUGCAUACAUACAUACAUAAAAAAAUGUAAUGGUUAGAGUAUUUUCUUUUAAAUUGCCUGAAGGUCUUGUCAUGUGCAAACACCACAUCCUUAAACAAAACGACACGCAUGAUUGGUGAAGCGUCAGUUUGGAUCAGUGGACAGGUUAUAUUGGAACGGGCAUGUUUCCCAUUAUAUACGACAGCACCUUAAGCAAUGCACUGCUAGGCUCUGAAACUCCUAACUUUGGAGCCAGGGGAGGAGGAAAGAAAAAUACAAAACACAAUACAAACGUACCAAUUACUGAUUAAAAGAAAUAGGAUGGAUUUGGGAGUACUGGUAAUUGUUUUUUUUUUUUGUGAAAGGUGUAAUAUGUGUGAACUGUGCACACCUGUGGUGUGAAAAGCUAUCCCUCAUGGACUCUUCCAUUGUGUGCCUGGAAACGAAGGG